AGAAAGGUAGACGAAAGAAAGAGGGCAACGUCCUCUCUUCUUCUUCUUCUUCGCAACGAAGCUUUCUUAUAAAAGGAGCCUUUACAUCUCUCCCUAUUAAUCCUUCUUCUUUAGAAACACAAACCCUUCUUCUACUUCUUCUUUAACCCUGCAAAGUUAUAUCUUCUUCUCACAGAAGAGAUGUGCGGCUCCGAGAGAAACCUCUGCUCUUCAAGAACCGUGAGGGCCAAGUUAGAAGAAGGUGUUGACGCCACCAUUUAUCUUCUUGAAUCCGCAGCCUGCGACGAUCUUCAAUCGUUCAAGAGACAAACCGAAGAGAACUCGGUAGAUAUCAAUGAACCGGGCUUGUGGUACUGCAAACGGGUCGGGUCCAAGAAGAUUGGUUUCCAAGAAAGAACACCUCUCAUGGUUGCUGCUAUGUACGGAAGCAUCCAAGUUCUAAGUUACAUAAUCUCCACAGGAAGAAGAUCCGACGUGAACAGAGUUUCAAGCGACGAGGAGAAACUCACUGCUCUUCACUGUGCUGUUUCUGGCUGUUCUGUCUCUGUCGUCCAAGUCAUCAAGAUCUUGCUUGAUGCCUCUGCUUCACCUAACUGCCUUGACGCUAAGGGGAAUAAACCGGUUGACCUAUUGGUUCGUGCUUCUCGGUUUAUACCUAACCAAACUAGAAAAGCGGUUGAGAUUUUGUGAACCGGAAUUAGUUUAGAAGAGGAGGAAGUGGUGAAGAGUGUUGUGACUAAGUAUCCAGCCGAUGCAUCCCUUCCCGAUAUCAACGAAGGUGUUUACGUGACCGACGAGUUUAGGAUGUUUAGCUUCAAGGUCAAGCCAUGUUCUAGGGCUUACUCUCACGACUGGACCGAGUGUCCUUUUGUUCACCCUGGUGAGAACGCCAGGAGGAGAGAUCCGAGGAAGUAUCCUUACACUUGUGUCCCUUGUCCUGAGUUUCGUAAAGGGUCUUGUCCUAAAGGAGAUUCUUGCGAGUACGCGCACGGUGUUUUCGAGUCUUGGCUUCACCCUGCUCAGUAUAGGACCGGCUGCGCAAGGAAGGUUUGUUUCUUUGCUCAUAAGGAAGAGUUGAGAGCUGUUAACGCUUCAACUGGAUCAGCAAUGGUUUCACAGCCAAUGGGUGAUAAUGGUGUUACUUUGUCUCCAAGAAACGAUUGUUUAUGGCAGAACAGAGUUAAUAGUCUUACACCACCACCGUUGCAGCUUAGCGGUAGUAGAUUGAAGUCUAGUUUGAGUGCUAGAGAUAAGGAUAUUAAGAUGGAGCUAAGGCUUCGUGGUUCUUAUGAUUCUUCUUCUUCUGUGAUGCAACAUCAAUCUCCAAGCAGGAACCACGGGUUCGAGUCUUCAGCAGCUAUGGCAGCUGCGGUGAUGAACGCGAGAUCCUCAGCGUUUGCUAGACGCAGUUUGAGUUUCAAGCCAGCUCCGGUAGCUACUUCGAAUGUUGUCUCGGAGUGGGGAUCACCAAAUGGGAAGCUUGAGUGGGGAAUGCAAAGGGAGGAGCUGAACAAGAUGAGGAGAAGCGCCUCCUUUGGCAUUCAUGGAAACAACAACAAUGUGUCGCGUCCUGUUAGAGACUACAGUGAUGAGCCAGAUGUGUCAUGGGUGAACUCUUUGGUGAAAGACAGUGCGCCAGAGAGAGCCUUUGGGUUGAAUGAGCGGGUAGGGAACACGUUUAAGCUGCCGUUGUGGGCAGAGCAAAUGUACAUAGACCAUGAGAAGCAGCAGAUUGUGGCAUAAGAAGUAGAAAGACUGAGGGGGGUGUAUUGAAUUGUUGAUUUUAGAGUGUUUUGGUUUUGUUUUAAAAUCCCCUGUUAUUCAACUAAUGAUUUCUAUUUU